GGCCGAUUACUAUUCGCAAACUCAAACCUCCACCCUACAAUCAGCAGAUACACUUUGAUCGACCUUUAGACGACGAUGACGGACACGACGGAGCUGCGUGUGAGCGAGAACUUCCCGCGUGUGCCCAAGCCCUGCGAAAAGGUGGCGACCAAGUUCUUCGCGUGCUUCUACGAGCACGGCAAGCAGCCCAAGGGUGAGUCUGACCCGGAGGCGGGCAAUGUAGCCCUCGACAAGUGCAAGGACGCUCUACUGGCGUACAACACCUGCGUGGACACCGAACUAGCCAAGAACCCCAAGCAGCUCUUCCGCGUACCGGAAGCCUACCGCACGCGCGAAUAACUAAAAGAAUGGUCUAAUACACGGCUUUAUGCUAAGGUGGUGGGGCUGUGCUUUGAAAUAGUUGAAUCAAUCCUGUUACGAGCUGCAGACAUCACUGGAUUAACGUGAAAGACGGACGAGCCAGCGAGCGAGACACAUGCAAACCCACUUCAAUUUGCGUGUUGAGAAGAGUUGGCAUUUAAAGAGUACACCAACCCACGAGAGCCGAGAUGUACUGUACG